AUGGCAAUGGUAAACAUGAGCAAUUUAAUAAAUGGAAAGGACUCGCGAUGGUUGCAACUUGAAGUUUGCCGUGAAUUUCAACGAAAUAAAUGUUCACGUCCAGAUACCGAGUGCAAAUUCGCUCAUCCACCAGCAAAUGUUGAAGUUCAGAACGGUCGAGUAACAGCUUGUUACGACAGCAUAAAGGCACGAUGCAAUCGUGAGAAACCUCCAUGCAAGUACUAUCAUCCACCACAGCACUUGAAGGAUCAAUUGCUGAUAAAUGGUCGUAAUCAUUUAGCAUUAAAGAAUGCUCUUAUGCAACAAAUGACCAUACCACAGAACAGUCAGACAAUUAUUACAAAUCAGAUGCAGCCAAUGACUGCAAACGCAUACAUAGCUAGUGUACCUGCUAGUACUCCCUACAAUCCAUAUUAUGCUGCUCCAGGACAAUUAGUACCUACAAUAAUUGGACCCGAUCCAUCAGCUCCACAAACAGCAGUUUCACAACAAAUUGGCCCAUGUGUUCCCCAAACAGUUCAGAUUCCACAACAACAUAAACUUCCACAACAUACUGAUAGAAUUGAGAUGGAUGUGAAGGCAAUUGGUUCGAUAUAUUAUGAAAACUAUUCUUAUCCUGGUAUGGUGUCUUACAACAAAAGGCCGGCAGGAGAAAAAACACCAACGACGGCAAUUCAAGUGUAUCCAGCGAAUACAAGUAAUUAUCAGCAAGUUAUGCACGUGCAACAGCCAUUUGUACCCGUCUCAUGCUCUAUUCUACAUUCACAAUAUUCACCUCACUUUCUUCCCAAUACUGUUCCUACUUGUUUCUAUUAUGAAUAGAGCAUUCCUUCAGAUGUAACUUAAUGUAUAAAGAUGGAAGAAUCAAGUAUAGGCCGACCAGAUAUUUUGCAGUCUAGUUAUUAAGGAUUUAAUCCAAUUUUUAAAUAAGUUUUUUUUUGAAUCAGAGGCUUUGGUCUCGGUAGGAUGUACCUUAAAGAAUCGAUAAUCAAGAGUUUAGGUAAACUCUUGAAUACAUCUAGUCAGUCUGAUUCUGUAAAAUAAUUUGAUUUAUUAAGAUAUGAAAUUUUGUGCGGAUAAAAAGAUUAGUAACUUACAUGCUAUUGCGUGGAAGUUUGGACAGGGUUGGGACUUAAAGUCUCAAAAAAAUGUAAUUUUCUUAUUGGGGAUGCUCUUAUCUAUAAAGAGCUUGGUAUGUACUUGAUAAACUUUCGAAUUAUGAUGCUCAGAUCUUGAUCAAAAGUGCGGAUCUAUUCAAACUGACUUGUGAUCAAUUAUGGUCAUUUGUGAUCAGUUUUUGGUCAUUUGUGAUCAAAUUUGAUCAUUUGUGAUCAGUUUUUGUUCAUUUGUGAUCGGUUUAGGGUCAUUUGUGAUCAGUUUAGUUCAUUUGUGAUCAGUUUAGGGUCAUUUGUGAUCAGUUUAGUUCAUUUGUGAUCAGGUUUGGUCAUUUCGAUUAUUACUGCAUCCCCGAUUUAGAUGCUGAGCUUAUUAAAUCGAAAAGUUAUUAAGCAUGGACCCAUAUCUUUGUAGAUUAGGGUUGUGUAUUUAAAAUUUUAAAAUCGGAAAAAUUGAGGAUUUUUGAACGAAAUUUUGAUACUUUUUGAAGACAUUCUUCUUAGAACUAGAGUUGCUUCGUUAAUUGAAGCUAAAAAUCAAGUGUAGCCCAUCUAACUUGGAAGGAAUUAAAAAUUAGACAAAAUUCUAUAAAAUCAUCAGCAUAAUUAACUUUUUUGACAGAUCUAAUCUUCAACAUCCAUCCAUAGCUAUCAAUCCAUCCAUAAACAGCCAUUUUCAGUCAUUUUUAGAAUCAUCAAAAAUUCCUCAGCCUAGGCAUCAAAAAAAUAAUAAGAAAAAAAAAUCUUCAGCUAAAGAUAUUGAAUUCGCUUCCAAGAUUCGAGUUAGCUUCAUCAAAAGCUCCUUUUUGUCGCUAAUUGAAUGCGAUUAAAGUUUAUAUACACAAGAAAAAUAAAAAUAAGAAAAUGACACACAUACAUAUAAAUAUAUAUUUAAUACUAAUAAUGAUGAAAAUGAUAUCAACGAAUUCACUUUAAUGAAUUAAAAAAAAUAUGAGAAAAACACACUCACACACACAAACACAAUUUAAAUAAAUAAAAAAAAAAUCUUUUUUAGUAAAGGAUGAUUAAAGUUUUUCAGAGCUCAUUUAUGAAUCACGAUAUAAAAAAAUUCCCUUUUAAUAUCAUUAUUAAUUCUCUUUUGAUAAAUUUUAAAAAAUUAAGUAUUAAAAUUUUUUUUUGUAUCUCUUUGAGAGUUUAUAGGGAGAUAAGUAGAAAGUAGAGAAGAAAAAUUUUGUGCAAUAAUCAAAAAAGAAAAAAAUUGGCAAAAAAAGUUGAAUUUCUUUAUUGUAAAUUUUUUUAGUCAAUAAGG